AUGUCAGCCCGUGGAUCAGCAGCUCAGGUCCCUAAAGGUUAUGAACCAGAUUCAGUUGCCAAAUAUGGCACUCUGGACGUUGUGUUUGACUUUGACUCAGACGACCAGCAGCUGGCCAUUACCAUCAUGGCAGUGUCGGAUCUUCCUGCCUUGAAACGCACGGGCAACAUCUCCUGGCAGGUUCACCUGGUGCUGCUGCCCACCAAGAAGCAGAGAGCCAAGACAGGAAUCCAGAGAGGCCCCUGCCCAAUCUUUACCGAGACCUUCCGCUUCAGUCACGUGGAGUCAGAGAUGAUCGGCAACUACGCCAUCCGAUUCCGCCUUUACAGUAUGAAGCGGAUGAAGAAGGAGAAGGUGCUCGGGGAGAAGAUGUUCUAUCUUACCAAGCUCAACCUUCAGGGCAAAAUGUCUGUGCCCGUCAUAUUGGACCCAUGCUGUGCUCUCACGGGUGGUGAUUCCCAGGUCAGCCUUUCCGAUAUGACGUGCAGUGAGAGCGCCUCAUCAUUCCAGUCUGUCAGUCAGACCUCAACACCAGAGAUCCUCGUGGGCCUGGUGUACAACGCCACAACAGGACGUCUCUCCGUAGAGAUCAUCAAAGGCAUCCAUUUUAAAAACCUGGCAGCCAACAAGCCACCCAACGGGCUGUUCUGUUGCCUAAAACACUUGAUAGGUGGACAGGUUUAUAUAAUCAGAGAUACAUAUGUUAAGCUGACCUUACUGAACUCCAUGGGCCACGAGAUGUCCAAGUGUAAGACAUCCAUCUGUCGAGGACAGCCCAACCCAACGUACAAAGAGACGUUUGUCUUCCAGGUAGCUCUUUUCCAGCUAUCGGACGUCACGCUCAUCCUCUCCGUCUACAACAAGCGCAGCAUGAAGCGUAAGGAGAUGAUCGGAUGGAUUUCGCUCGGCCUCAACAGCUCCGGAGAGGAGGAGCUCACCCACUGGACUCUGAUGAAAGAGUCUAAAGGACAGCAGGUUUGCCGCUGGCACAGUUUGUUGGAGUCCUAACGGCAAGAGAACAAGUGAAGAGUGAGGGUAACUGGACAGAGCAUUUUUAUUUCCCAGAUGGGUAAGAAAUGGAUGUGUUAAGCUGGAAUCGAUGAAUGUGAAAGAUAUCCAAUGAACCAGUCAGUGGUGGUGAAGGAAAAGACACAAAACAACGUGUGUCUGCACUUUGCACAAUAUAAGCAUUUUCAUGGCACUGUUUGAAAAAUCGCUGACAGCCAUUGAUUAGUAGCACGGAUAGUAAUGUGAUUUAUUAUUAUGGACAGCCAAGUGAUGACCUAAGCUUCUUUUUCAAAGAGCAGAUUCUGAGUAGAGGGAUAAUGUUGUGUAUACACACCUCAAGCUCACACAACUGACACCAGGAUUAUCUGUCAUGUUACUAAAGAGGUUUACAAUGUAAAACAUCAGUUUUUUUGUUCUUCACGUUUACUACAACUUUAUGUCAUGAAUUUAAAGGUUCACCAAGAAAAUCUUUUCUAAAUUUACAAUCCAGAACUUUUCAAAUUAAAAGUAGAAUGUUUUUCCCUUUUGAAAUAGACUUUGCCCCACCAUUAUUAAAGGCUUUGAGGACUUAAUAUAUUAUUUA